AUGUCUAAAGAAUCCCAUCCCUAUUCCGAUGCCUCUCUCUGGGGAAAACUCCACUUCUCGGUUCCAGACGCACAUGGAGAGCCAGCAGACGUUGAGGUGCCCAUGUUCAUUGGGGAGGACCAAUUUCGCAUUGGUAGAGAUCGCGAUCUCUGCCAAAUGUGGAUUUCUUUACCUGACAUUGAGCAUAUACACCUCGCUAUCCACCGAGCUGGGAAUGCCAUCCAUGCAUCAAGCUACUGGGUCACUAACCAUACCGCCAAUGGGAUAUUGAUCAACGGUCAGAAGGUCAUGAAAGUGGCCGAACUGUUCGACGGAUCCUACAUCACACUGCAAUCCCAUUCUGCUGCAGAUCUCAUGAGUUCGAUGAUUCCAUAUCUCGCUGAUUACUACUCAACGUUCCCAUCAGCUCUUCGGUUCUCAGCUAUUACAGCACAGCCGUUCAGUGCUAUGUAUUCCAUUGGACGAUAUAUCGGUUCAGGUGGAUACGGGAGUGUUUAUGAGGCUCGGGAGAACCAGAAUGGGGCCGUUUAUGCGGCUAAAAUCUUGACUAAAAUUGGCUUCGGCAAAUGCAACAACGUAGAAGGGGAGGAAGACGACGAGGCCUAUAUUUUGAAGGAGAUGUUUCUCCUGCAGCGCAUGCACCAUCACAAAAUCGUAGCACUUCAGUCAGUUCAUGAAAAUGAUGAAAAUUUCUAUGAGCCCAAAGCCAAGACGGUGACGGUCGAUCUGUGUGAGGCUUUGCAGUUCCUGGACAAGUGUAACAUUAUCCAUCGCGACAUUAAGCCUGAGGCAUGUUCCGUCGUUUCGUGUACCAUCAUCUCUCUCAUCAUCCCCUUGCAGAACGUCUUGGUUGCUCGCGUGUGUCCACUUAGUGUCAAGCUCGCCGACUUCGGGGUUGCCAAGCUCGUUGAUUCGGGGAAUAUAGUGACGACCGUAAUAGGAACACGAAUUUACGCAGCACCAGAGAUCUACAACCGCGAGUCAGACCAUGGCUAUGACAACAAGGUUGACCAGUGGUCUCUGGGCGUCACACUGUUCAUAAUGCUUGCCGGUGACGACCCAUUCAACCCGAGUCAUAUGUUAUGGGACGAUGAUCGCGAAGCAUACGAUGAUUUUCGUGUUCCAGAUUGGGACCUCGUGUCGCAUGCAAGUGAAGAUGGUUUCGAGGACAUCGCGAAUCCCUUCAGCAAGUACGUUACGAACAGGGCUUCUAGUGAUACGCCGGCGACAAAGGGGGCAAAGGCACUUUACUCGGCCGGUCCGUAA